AUGCCGGCCGAGAGGCGUUCUCUACGAUCAAACAACAAAUCCGAUACCUCUUCAUCUGCUAACGGUGAAAAGGCAAGCUCAAACUCUCAGAGCCCGGGUGCCAAAGACAAGGCCGCGCCUACGACUCGCGCCGCUGCUAAGGCCAAGUCAGCUCCAGCAAAGAAAGGUGCCAAGGGCACAUCGAACAGCAGCAUGGAGAAGAAUGACCAGUCGCAGACCAAUGGAUCUAAGUCGACCGACAAUGGUGUGAAUGGUUCUGAGGACGUUGAGAUGGGCGAGGACACGACAGGUGCGCCUACAUCCUCCUUCAACUCCGAUAAGGACCGGAAUGGUAACGAGAUGACAGUUGUAGUGCCUCCGACUAAGGGUUCCAGAUCAUCUGGCAAGACCACCCAGGAUAAUGAGGAGGAUGUGACGAUGGAAGGUGCAGAGGACGGCGAGGGUGCAAAGACCGAUACCGAGGUCGACCCUACGACCAAGGCCAUUCAAGACAUCAAAACCAACUUUACCCUGCUCGAGCGGGCUGUCGCCCACUUCGAUCCCCGAUUUACUCUACGUGUCCUACGGUCCAUUUCGUCGAUGCGGAAACAUAUUACCCCGCAGGUUCUAUCCAAGGUGAUUGUGGAAACCUACCCGGAGUCGAGCCAGACAGCGUCUUUCUUGCUCGAGGGUAUCGACCAAGCCGGUGCCUUUGAGAAUGUUGAGGCAAGCUCGGAGAUGGAGGUAGAUUCAGAGAAGAAGGUAUCUCCCAAGGAGACCCUACCUGAGGUGGAUGCAUAUCUUUCUGUUCUGGUGCAAAUCUACCUUUUCGACCAACAACAAAUCCAGAAGGGUGCCGAGUUCUCGACUAACCUGAUUGAGCGCCUACGAACCCUCAACCGCCGUACGCUGGAUUCUCUCGCUGCUCGCGUGUACUUUUACUACUCCCUCUUCUUUGAGCAAAUUGCUCCUCUUGCUCCGUCCCCCGCAGCUGCUGUGACCAACAUUCGUCAACCGUUGCUUGCUGCGUUGCGGACUGCCGUCCUCCGCAAGGAUGUUGAUACGCAAGCGACCGUGAUGACCCUACUGCUCCGCAAUUAUCUGUCCACCUCCCAUAUCACUCAGGCAGAUCUUUUGAUCUCGCACAACAGCUUUCCCGCCGCUGCCUCCAACAACCAGAUUGCCCGCUAUCUAUUUUACCUCGGUCGUAUCCGUGCCAUUCAACUGCAGUACACCGAGGCCCAUAGCCACCUGAUUGGUGCCACUCGCAAGUCUCCUACCAGCCAGUGUGCACGUGGAUUCUACCAAGCCUCUCACAAGCUGCUCGUUGUGGUGGAGCUGUUGAUGGGUGAUAUCCCAGACCGUGCAGUGUUCCGCCAACCCGCUUUGGAAAAGACCAUGCACCCAUACUUGCUACUUGCGCAGGCUGUCAGCGCUGGUGAUUUGGAUGGCUUCUUGAAUAUCGUCAACACCCACAGCUCGACUUUCCGUAAAGAUGGUACAUACACUUUGGUUCUCCGUCUGCGACAAAAUGUCAUCAAGACCGGAAUCCGCAUGAUGUCGCUGUCUUACUCCCGCAUUUCCCUUCGGGAAAUUUGUCUUCGCCUGAAGCUGGACAGUGAGGAGUCGGCAGAGUACAUUGUGGCAAAGGCUAUCCGUGACGGUGUCAUUGAGGCAACCCUGGAUCAUGAGCAUGGAUUUAUGAAGAGCAAGGAGGUUGGGGACAUCUACGCUACACGGGAACCUGGCGAGGCGUUCCAUGAGCGUAUCCGCGCCUGUCUGGCUCUUCAUGAUGAGAAUGUUAAGGCUAUGCGGUUCCCGAUGAACCAGCACCGCCUAGAGCUGAAGAGCGCCCAGGAGGCACGGGAGCGUGAGAGGGAGCUCGCCAAGGAGAUCCAGGAGGGGGAUCUGGAUGAUGAGGAUGCCGGCGGUGACUUCGACGCUAUCUAA